GGUCAGAGAAUUUCCCUUCCUUCCGUGUUCCGUCCCACUUCCUAAACCGUUGAUUGACAAACGCAACCCUUCGCUCUCCCUCCUCUCUCCUCUCUCUGACCGACCCAAAUUUAUAUAUGAACAGUGCGUCAGAAAACAAAUCAAUACCUCUUUGCCUUCCUCAUUCGCGUAACGCGGGAGAGGGGCUCUAGGGUUUUCUCUCUAUUUUUCUGAUUCUUCCGUGGAAGCUGACACCGACUUUUAUGUGGCGGGAGGAGGGGACCGGGGGAUGCAUUGUUUUGAUGGGUUCUAUCUGUGUGAAAUUUGUUGUUAUUAGGAACUUUGUCCUUUAUUAAAUUGUUGGGAAUUGGUGAAAUUGAGAUGGGUUCGUGUGAGCACUCUGCUCUAGUUGAUGAAUCAUUAUGUGGGUCGCGGCAUUUGUUGCCAGCGGGAGAGGCCAAGGGAUUGUUGCGGAGUUCUUUGGCUGAGGGGUGUAGGAAAUCUGUUGUUGAGCCACAUUCAUGCAUGGAUCAGGUGAAUGCAGUUUCCCAACAAUUACACUGUGAAGGGGAGGUUAAAGAGCAUUCUGUUCCUAAGCAGCAGUCUUGCUCAGAAGUUGCUUGUACAUUCUCUAAGAAAAAUGUGGGCAAUAUAGAUGUGCCUGAUGGGUCUUCGUGUUUGCAUCAGGAUUAUUGUAUUGAUUUUGCAGCUGGUACAUUACAUUGUUCAAAUGCGGAUUGUGUAGAUGCACCAAAUGAGUGUCAAGGAUCAUCUCGGAAUUGUAGCAGUUCUGUAUCAUUGGGUAAUGCUGCAGAAAUGUCUAGUGUUAAUAGGAUUGGGGUGGAGGGUGAGCAUCAAAGAACAAAUUCAUUGGUUCCUGAAAAAACUUCACACGAUGAGUGCGGUGCCAGUGAGCUUUGUUCAAAUGGUAGUCAGACUGGGAUUAAUUCAUGUAAUUUGGAGACUGACAUGUUUUGCUCAGAAAAAUUAGGGAAUCCAGGGAAAAGGGGCUCGGGAUCGGGAAAUAAUUUAGAGGGAUGUGAACUGCCUUUGGAAGUGUUACCAUUGACUGCAACAACAAUUAAUUAUUCCCAACAGAAUGAAGAAAAGGAUGAUGGAAAUGUCGGUGCUUGCUCUGUGGAAAGGGAUGCGGAAGUUGUGGGAGAGAAAAGUGAUGUUCUGGAUGGGAUAACUGUUGCUAGAUGCAGCCAAAUGUUGGGCUUUCAGGGUGGUGAAAUGCCCUCGAAUUUAUUAGAUAUGGGUUGUUCACCGAAUGAUUCUCCUCAUCAGAAAGAGCAGGACACUGAGAGUGUCUCUGGCCCCUCCAUGGAAAGGGUUCUGGAUGUUGUGGGGGAGAAAGAUGAUGCCUCAGCUGCGAUAAAGGUUGAUUUUCAUGCUGCAAUAUUGAAUACAGAAAAAAAUGCCUGCAAUUCAAAUGUAAGGUCAUCUGGGAUUGCUCUUGACUGUGCUGUUGAAAAAUCAGACAGUGUGCAGUCUUCUCAGUGCUUUGGUGUUGUGGAUAACGACACUUUUAAGUACUUGACUCAGCCAAAUCUUUCAGGAACACAUGCUUUCUGUGCUUUUAAUUCGAACAGUGUGGUUGAUUGCUGUGGUCAAACAGAUCCCGAAGGAAAAGAUAGUGGUGGAUUUGAUUAUGCUUCUGGAACUAAAUGUUCUGAAAUUACUCGCUCAUCUCCUCGGAGGAGUGCUCGUGUAAAUAACUCAAGAAGGAAGACUCAGACAAAAACAGCUGCUAAGAAAUGCAGGAAAGCGGCCAAAGGCAUGCUUAACAAACGUGGAAUCAUUGAAAUUUUCUUGAAAACAGCAAGAAGGAAGAGAAGCUGUUUUUGCAAACCAGCUCGUUCUUCUAGUUGGGGACUAUUGGGGAAUAUUGCACGAGUUUUUGAGCAGCUUAAUGGUCUUGGUGCAAAUCAAGUCCAGAAUAAAGCAUCACAGAUAGCAAGUGCUGGCCACAGAAGUGGAAAGCGGAGUAAGAAUCGGGCGGGUGAAUGCUCACGAGGGCCAAUGGUAAAACACUGUGCUUCAACUAGUCGUAUUCGUUUGAAGGUUAAAGUGGGGAAAGAAGCAAGCCAAAAUAGUCUGGAGGUCAUUAUUCCAGAUGCUGUUGAUUCGUUACCUCCUGUUCAUACCAAUGAUUGCCAGCCUGAGACACACUGGGGGACAAGUGCUGAAUUCCCAUUAUUUGCCAAUGGUGUUGAAGAUGAUUUGGGAAAAGAACUGCCCAGGGAUAGGCAUUUUCAGUGUUUGAUUGAUUAUCCAGAUAAAACAAAAGGACAUCCAGAUGCGUCAGUUCUGGAUGUGAAUCUUACAAAAAGGGAUAGAAGGAGCACAGUGAUCCCAGACAGCUCUGCAGGAAAUUCUGGUGGCUGUUGUAAGGGGAUUUCCUCCCAGUUAGAUGUUGAAUCGUUGGGAGGAGCAACUGAUAACAGGUAUUUAGAUCCAGGAACUUCCCCUGAUUCAGAAGUGAUUAACCUAGCUCCAGAUUCCCAAGCUGGUGACAAAGUUCAAGAAUACUUGCAUGAUACCACUCUGAAUUCUUCUGGAGGUUUUGCGGCACAUGGAGAUGUUAGAAGUUCAAAUUUGUCAAAUUUAAGUGGUAAGAAGGGAAAGAAGACAGGUAAGCUUCCCAAAGUGGCUAAGGCUGUUGUAGAGGGCGGAUCACUUCAUCCAGCAAACAAAAGUAAAGUAAGAUCAUCGAAGAAACAUAGACAUCGAGAUAAAAGUGGGGACGCAUCUGGCAAAAGCAGCACAUCAAGCAGUAAAGAAAUUUCUAGGGAAACCUUUCCUUCAUCAGGAAUGACUGAGUUUGGGGUCUGCCACGAGGCUUUGAAACUGGAACAUGAUAUGGAUGCCAGCUUACAUUCCAGCCUAGAUGUCGGAGUUGGGUCAUUUGGAUCACAGUAUUCUAAGAAAUUACUGCCUUCUUGUAAAUCGAAGGGGCACAAAGCUCCAAAAAGUUCAAAAUCUAUUGGAAAGAGCAAAUGUAGGUCAGAAGCCCCUGAUUCAGAGAGGGGGCGAAGAAGAAAUGGUUUUAGACAGAAGGAAAACCAAAGAAAGUCAGAUAAGAAGAAUAAAGUCAAGGAGAAGAAUAUUCCCGAUCAGCUUGUUUGCAGAUCGGAUAGUCGCUCAGAAGCUGGAAAGUACAUAUCAGACAAUCUUGUGAAAACCAGUCCUGGCAACAAAGUUGCAUCUGAAGAUGUAUCCAACCUGGACAUGUUAGCCAAUGGUGUAGGAAGGCGCUGUUUAUCACCGAGGAUUGCUUGGGUGCGUUGUGAUGAUUGUCAUAAAUGGAGAUGUAUACCAGCUACUCUUGCAGAUACCAUUGAAGAGACAAACUGCAUAUGGAUCUGCAAGGAUAACAUGGAUAAAGCCUUUGCUGACUGUUCAAUUCCUCAAGAAAAGUCAAAUGCAGAGAUUAAUGCAGAGUUGGACAUAUCAGAUGCCUCUGGUGAGGAAGAUGCAUGUGGUGCCCAUUUUAAUUCUAAGGGAUUGGAACAUAGGCCCCGAACAGUUUCACAACAGUCAACUUGGACACUUAUCAAGUCUAAUUUGUUUCUGCACCGUAGCUGUAAAACUCAGACUAUUGACGAGAUAAUGGUUUGCCACUGCAAACCACCCACCAAUGGUCGAAAGGGUUGUGGAGAUGCGUGCUUGAAUCGGAUGCUUAACAUUGAAUGUGUUCAGGGGACCUGCCCUUGUGGGGAUCUUUGCUCCAAUCAACAGUUUCAGAAACGCAAGUAUGCGGAAUUGAAGUCUAUCAAGUGUGGAAAGAAGGGUUAUGGUCUGCAGUCACUAGAUAAUAUCUCUCAAGGGCAAUUUCUAAUUGAAUAUGUUGGGGAGGUGCUUGAUUUGCAUACUUAUGAGGAACGACAAAGGGAUUAUGCUUCUAGGGGUCAUAAGCAUUUCUACUUCAUGACAUUGAAUGGCAGUGAGGUAAUCGAUGCAUGUGCAAAAGGGAAUCUGGGGCGUUUCAUUAAUCAUAGCUGUGAUCCUAAUUGCCGUACGGAAAAGUGGAUGGUGAAUGGAGAAGUUUGCAUUGGACUUUUUGCAUUGAGAGAUAUUAAAAAGGGUGAAGAAGUGACAUUUGAUUACAACUACGUAAGGGUGUUCGGUGCAGCUGCAAAAAAAUGUGUAUGUGGUUCAUCUCAAUGUCGGGGCUAUAUAGGUGGUGAUCCUCUUAGCACUGAAGUGAUUGUUCAGGGUGAUUCAGAUGAAGAAUAUCCUGAGCCUGUAAUGGUUUGUGAAGAUGACGAAGUGGGUGGUAGCACCAGCUAUAUAUCAUCUACAGCCUUCUCCUUUGGUGGUGCAGAAAUGCAGACUGCUGAGAUUUUAUUGAAAGACGGGGAUAAAAUGGGCAAACCUGCAACUUCUGUUGCACAACUGGAGGAUUCACAUAUGGAGAAUAGAACAUCUACAGACAAUGUUGUUGAUGGUGCAGAAUUGCAAGCUGCAGAGAUUUUAUUGAAAAGUGUCGAUAACAUUGACAAACAUGCAACUGCCACAGAACUUUUGAGUGUUACCUCAGAAAAUGAAGACUCUAAGAAUACAUCUGCUUCAUGUGUUCACCAGUUACAAACCUCAAUGUUGAUGGAGGACUCGAUGGAAAAACUCAUAUCAGCUGCUCAACCGGUGGAAGUUUCCCCACAGACAGGUGGUGUCGCAAGCAAAUCAAUAUUUGGUGUUCAAGAAAAUGUUUCAAUGGAAGAGGAAUCCUUGAAGAAACACUUACCCUCUAUCCAAAAAUUAGACACUUGUACCCCUGGAAAAAUGCCUAGAAAAUUGUUGCCUGAUUCUGUUGAUGUUGAUCUGAAGUGUAAAUCUGACAAAGUUGACGAGAAGCCAGUUAUUUCAAAAUCAAAUCCUCUCAUGAAAACUGCUCGUUCAUCUAGUUCAGUUAAAAAGGGAAAAUCUGCUCAUAAUGUAUUCAACGCCAACAAACCCCAGCCCGCCAAUAAAUCGCAGGUGGUGUCUAACAAAGUGAAAAGGUCAUUAGAAGGUUCUGCUAAUGCCCGUUUUGAAGGAGUCGAGGAAAAACUCAAUGAUCUGCUAGAUGCCGAUGGGGGAAUAAGCAAGAGAAAAGAUUCCCCAAGAGGCUACUUGAAGCUUUUGCUUCUCACUGCCGCUUCAGGCGAUAGGGGCAAUGGUGAAGCAAUUCAGAGUACCCGAGAUCUAUCAAUGAUUCUUGAUGCGUUGCUAAAAACAAAAUCAAGAGUGGUUUUGGUUGAUAUAAUUAACAAAAAUGGUUUACGAAUGCUACACAACAUAAUGAAGCAGUAUCGGAGGGACUUUUACAAGACUCCAAUUCUUCGUAAACUUCUUAAGGUCUUAGAGUACCUGGCAGUGAGGGAGAUACUUACCUCAGAGCACAUUAAUGGAGGCCCUCCAUGUCCUGGAAUGGAGAGCUUUAGGGAGUCGAUAUUGGCAUUGACAGAGCACGCUGACAAACAGGUUCAUCAAAUUGCCCGAAGCUUCCGAGAUAGGUGGAUUCCUUGGAACUUGAGAAAAGUUGGUUGCAUGGACAAAGAUGAUUGCAGGAUGGAGCUUCAUAAGGGUUUAAACUGCAAUAAGAAUUCAGCAUCAGAUAAUUAUUGGCGUGACCAGGCUGUAAGACCUACAGAAGCCAUAGAUUGUGUGAAGCAGUCAUCACUAACAGCAGCUACAGUUGUAGCUGGUAAUCAGGAGGGGGUUUCUGCACCUUGUGUUGGGAAUUGCCCAACGAAUGGGACAAAAACUCGGAAGCGUAAAAGCCGAUGGGAUCAGCCAGAAGAGUCAAAUUCAUACUCAAGUUCUCAGCACAAGGAGCAGAAAAUUGAGCCUAGUUUGCCACAUAAGUUGGUGUCAGAUAAUCAACCUGAUAUGCUUGAAUCAAAUUUACAAUCUGAGUCUCUUGGCAGUCGUUCUAUGCAAGAUGAUGCUAGUAGGGUAGAUAAUGGAGGUAGGAGCUUCAAUGAUGAUUUUCCUCCUGGGUUUUCUUCUCCACUAAACAGACCAGUGGAUCCAUAUAAAGCCUCUUCAGCUGCCACUAGUCUGCCUUCACAGAAUGUUAGAGAUUCAAAGUGUUCUUUUGAAGUUGCCACUGGGCAGUCCCCACACAGAUUCAAUUCUCGUUUGCCUGUCUCAUAUGGAAUUCCAUUGUCUACCAUGCAGCAGUUUGGAACUCCUUUUGCAGAAACUGUUGAGAGUUGGGUCAAUGCUCCAGGCAUUCCUUUCCAUCCUUUCCCGCCAUUACCCCCAGUGCCCCGUAAUAGGAGAGACACUCCACCACUUUGUACUGUUGAACCAAUGGCAAAUUGUUCUUCCGAAGAAGUACGGGGCCAGCAGGGUCUUACGACAAACCAUGCUGAUCAAAGCACUCCAAGCACGUCCAGUUCAAGCCCACCAGGCGUAGAUGUCGAUGGGAAUUGCCGACGUGCAUGUAAACGAGUUAGGAACUCCUCAUUUGAUUUGGGAAGGAGGUAUUUCAGACAGCGAAAGUUGAAUAAUUCUAAAUUAGGUCCCCGUUGGCCUAGGAAAAGGAAUGGUUGGGGAUUUAUGGGAAACAACUCAAUGAAUGAAAUGUGCAACAUUGCCAUGGGAAAUGCUGCAGGUGAUCACAGAAGUGUGUAUUCUUCAGAGGAUGUAAGCAAUAGAAUAGAGAAUGGCAGUAAUAUUUUUUAUUUGCACCAACAGCAACAAACUCAGCAUUGAUUUAUAGGAAAAACUGAAAGGAGCCAAUAGAUUUUCAUCUAUACUCCCUUUAAAUGUACUCUCAAUUCUUUGUUACCUGGGAUUUAAUUUUAGUGGAAAUCACAUUCGAUUUCAGAAUUCCA